CAACAACCAAAUCAAUCAAGAUCAGUCGUCAUCCACCCGCCAGGCAUCUACAUCCACCACAUCCACCCGACGGCACACACUACGACAGGUGCUGACGACCACGAAGACAGUGAGAGAGUAAACAACGAAUCUUUUACACAAAACUUGCGCCACAAACUCAAAAACAACCAAAACACUCUGAAGAAACACACCCUCCAUCCACAUUACACCCUUUCCCGAAACUCUUACCAAAUCCCGCCCGCCAUGUCCAACCCCCUCGACGCCGAACCCGGCACGGAGCUCUUCGCCUCUUACGAGGCCGAGCUCAAGCUCGUGCAGGCCGACCUCUCCCAGAAGCUCGACUCAAUCCCCGACCUGACGGGCGAGCCGCGCAAGGCGGCCCUGUCCCAAGCGAGCCGGGCGCUCGAGGAAGCCGACGAGCUCCUCGGGCAGAUGCGGCUGGAGAAGCAAAAGAACAUACCGUCGGGGUCGCGCGCGCGGGUGAACCAGCGGUUCCGCAACUACGAGACGGACGUGGACGCGGUGCGGCGCCGGCUCGAGGCCCUGGCCAGCGACCGGUCCGCGCUGUUUGGUGGCCGCUACCAGGACAACCCGUCCGGGAGCGGCGGCGGGUCCGCAUCGGACGUCCAGCUGGAGCAGAGGGAGCAGCUCCUCCGGGGCACGGAUCGUCUGGACCGCAGCAGCCGACGCCUCAAGGACAGCCACGCCCUCGCGCUCGAGACCGAGGCCAUCGGGGCGUCGACCCUGCGCGACCUCGCCCACCAGCGUUCCCAGAUCCAGCACACCACCGAGGUCCUCGUCCAGAGCGAGGGCUACGUCGACAGGAGCGUCAAGACCCUGAGGGGCAUGGCGCGUAGGAUGGCUACCAAUCGGAUAAUAACCAUCGCCAUCAUCACCGUCUUGGUUAUGCUCAUUCUCGCCGUCAUUGUUAGCAAGUUCAGGUAGAGAGAUACGGCCUUUGUUUGUGUUCAUUUGCUUUUUUUCCUUUCUUUUGUUUGCCAUCGCACGGAUAAAACGGAGUUCUCGGCGUUUCUUAUGCAAGCCUUGCAAGCAAUCAAAUAACAAUCAUGUAAAUAUAUCACCCCAAGUCUACAAUAUGAAUAUCUGCUGUUUGUUUGUGUUAUUAUCCUCGCACCGCUUUUCCAAUAAAAACAUGUUUAAAUUCAAAAUUCAAAACGCCCUUUCCCUUUUGUACUUGAGAAAAUUACCACAUUGAAAACUUGGAUAUCAAACUAAGGUAUGCUCCAGACCGGUGUGAACCUCGAGGGCCAAACAUAACGGUAGCAUCAAAGCUAUCUCCUUCCCUUUCCAGGGCUUCGCUUCCCAACACCAGCGGCAGCUGGGCCGCGUUGUUUGCCUUCGCCUAGCCCUCUUCGCCCAGCCGCAAUGCCACCCUUUCCACCCCUCGCGCCGCGAUCAGGCCUGCCGCCACGACCACGACCACCGCCGCCGCCUCCCCUACCCCUGCCGGCAUCCCUCUUGCCCUUGAGUGCUACGGCUACCUCCUCCUCGCCGUCAUCCAUCUCUUCGUCCUCAUCGUCCCGGCCCUUCUUGUUGCUCCACUUCAGUUUGCCCCUGAGACCCUUCUUGGGCGCAUCCUUGCCCUUGAGCGCAGCUACGUAGGCGUCCACGCCGCCACCCUCAGCCUCCGCUGGAUCCUCGGUCUCCAUCUUGUCGUCAUCGUCAUCACGGCCCAAGAUCAACUUGCCAUCCAUGUCGGUCUUGGCUUUUGUCUUGCCCGCCUUACGCAUCUUGAGCGGCUUCGUGGAUGAUAUCUUGGCCAAAGCGCUGCGGCCAAGCAGAUCAAGCGGCUCAUCCUCGUCCUCAACGAUGUAAGUCUUGCCGCCCUUGCCGCCCUUGCCGC